GCGAGACCCUUCUCCUGCUGCAUUUGAGCGUUCACGUAGGCGCGCGCGGCUCACGGGGAUGCGACCACGAAUUUAACGCCACUGUUACUGCACUGAAAUUAAACCGAGACGCAGUUUGUCGAAGCCGACAAAAGGAUUGUUAAGAGCGUAAAUCACCAUGACUGAACAGCAGAGGCAGCGCACCCUCUCCACCUCUGGAGAAUCCCUCUAUCAUGUGCUGGGUGUCGACAAACUGGCCACUAAUGAUGACAUCAAGAAGUCUUACAGGAAACUGGCCCUGAAAUACCACCCUGACAAGAACCCAGACAAUCCUGAGGCAGCGGACAAGUUUAAAGAGAUCAACAAUGCCCAUGCCAUCCUGAACGACCCUACCAAACGCAACAUUUAUGACAAGUACGGCUCCCUGGGGCUCUACGUGGCCGAGCAGUUUGGAGAGGAGAACGUCAACACUUACUUUGUCCUGUCCAGCUGGUGGGCCAAGGCUCUCUUUGUGUUCUGCGGCUUGGCUACAGGCUGCUAUUUCUGCUGCUGUCUGUGUUGUUGCUGUAACUGUUGCUGUGGGAAGUGUAAACCACGGCCACCUGAGGGACAGGAUCAGGAGUUCUACGUCUCUCCUGAAGACCUGGAGGCCCAGCUGCAGUCUGACGAGAGAGAGGCUGGUGGAGGCGAGCCCAUUGUCCUGCAACCGUCAGCCACAGAGACCACCCAGCUAACAUCCGAUGGCCACCACACCACCUACCGGACCGACACCAGCUUCAACUAAUUCCGUCUCUCUCCAGCUGCCAUGCUUCUCCCACCCCUGAGUCUGAGGAACGAGCAGAGGAGCAACUCCAACAACUUAAAAGAAAAAGCCACCAUUGGCAGGGAGAAAAGCCAGUGAGAGAGGAAUGCAAGCUGAACUCUUUCAGACAUUCCCACCCGGUUCUCAUAUCCACCACCAUCACCAUUCUUCCAGAGUGGCAUACAUUCACGUCAGUGUAGCUUGAAAAUUAGGAGUUUAAUUGGAGAAAGAAAAAAAAGAACACAAGAUAUUUUCUCUCUUGUUGUACUCCGUCUUUUUGGCCUUUGACUUCCAGACUUGCCUUUCCAUCAGCCUCUUCUCCAGCCAAAUUAGUUCGCUGUCCUAUAGCAUGCACUGUUCCCCAAUCAGCAUUGCAUGCUUUCAUUCUUCCCAUUGCACUUCAGGGGGGACAGAAAUCGGACACAAAGUAGGUUAAAUCAAUAGUUUUAGGCCUUUGUAUAUAGUAUACUGUCCACUCUGUGUUAACUGUCUACACUCUGUGUCUGCGUCUUAUUACGUCUGAACCUAAACACUAAAUGCAAUGCUAGUCUUUAGCAUCACUGUCGUCGUCCCCCCCCAUCAGUCAUUUGAGUUUAAUAGAUGAAAGUGAUGCAAAAGAUGCUGCCAAACACACAUUUCCAAAAUAUAUUUUCUUAAUCUUUAUUUCUGCCAUCUGGAUUUUUCAGUAGUGUGUUGAAGCAUUUAAAAGGAUGAACCAAAAUGAGUAUCAGUCACUAUUCAGAGUCAUGCAGUGUGGGUGUUGGUGUGCGUAGCAGCCUGAUCAGGCUAUUGGGAUCUCGUCUUCGUAGCACGUUCUGAUUCCUAGCAUCAGUCAUAUUAUUUAGCUCACCUUGCUUUGGUAUUGUCCCUGUACUCACGUUUUAAGGGAUUUACAAUUGAAACACGUUGUGUUCCAUCAUAUCAGCCUGUACAUCCCCAGCGUGUAUGUAAAGAGGAAAGAAAAAAACGUUUUUAUAUAGAUAUACAAUGUACACCUCCCAUGCGUAUGUACAGUAUAUGUAUAUUUUGUGCUUUUUUUUAUUUGUAAUUGUUAGCUUGUGUUUAUUCCCGUGUGUUAUUGCUCAUGGUGAUGUGUGAUAAUGGUUUGUUAGAGUGCAUCUCCCCUCCCUAUUUGCGCCAAGAGAUCAUGGUGAUUGUGAAUGAAUUACCUGUGCUAGAUGGAAGUUGUUUAUUCAGCAGCAAGUGUCUUUCACUGCAAUGUGUUCCUCAGAUUUAAAAUAGGAUAAGGAUUUAAUGUCAGCAGUGUAAUGAAAAAUUUCAAUAACUAAUUGUGUAAAAUGACAUGAGGCAUCUGAACGCCAUUACACCCUCUUUCUCACUGUGCUUUACUGUUUUUGAAGCAUCGUGUUUCCAUGUGUUUUGAUUUCAUCACCAUGUUAUUGUGUCAUAACUCAUUUUCUUUGUAGUUGGAGUGAAAUGUCUGUCAGCAGUGAUGGACAGUUUUUCACCCCUGUACAGAUUAUGUAGUGAAUUUAUCAGUGUUUUUACCAGAUGUUCUUUGAGCCAAGGUGUGACAUUCCUCCAUUCUUAGCAUAUGAACAGGGUGAUUUAAAAAAAUAUUAACACGCAUAACACUACACCACUAACACAUUUCUUCUUUACUCCUAAAGAAAAGUACAUUUUUAGUAAAAUGGCAACAGUACUGAAAACUGUAUACAAUUUAACCACUGAGUGUUAAAAAUAUUUUUUUGAAUCACCCUGUACAUUUUAUGAUAGAAUCAGUCCUAAGUGUAGGUAGUGCUCUGUUUACAUUUUGUUGUGUAAAGUUCCUAUUUUGGAUUUUCACGGUUGCUGUACAGUAAAACACAGCCAUUUGAAGUUGCCAUACAUGUGCACAUCUCCCUGACCAGUCAUGCCAAUGCCAAGCUGCGUAUCAUAUCUACAUCUCUCUUUUUUUAUUAUUUUUUUUAUACACCUUUAUCACCUGCCAAUCAUGCACCCUAAAUUCAGGGUGUUGUGCUAUGUUUAGUGGCGUAUGUUGCACUGCACUAACCACAUCACCAGCCCUGUUCACUCUUCUUUCUUUGGAUUUUAAAGGCUAAAAACCAUUUCGCAAUUGUAUUCAGAGCUUUUGAGCACAGUUCUCUGCAGAUGGAUAUUCUGUGUCUGACACUUUCCUCCCUUAUGUGUCCCUGCUCUUGAUGGCUUUUGAUGGUUGUUUGCAUCUGUGGUCCUUCCCUGUGCAUUUCCCUUCCCCUCCACAAAAUUACACUGGUUUGCCCAUUUAAGGGUUCUACAUUGAAAUGUUGGCAAAUGCAACAUUUAAGUUAAAUGCAAUGGAGUAACAUGGGCAGGACACAGUUCCUUAAAAUGUGUGUAAUUAUAGUGAUAUGGUAAUCCGUUGUUUUUCUAUUUUAUUUAUGACCUUAUUUUGUCAUGUUUUUAAAGACUGUCCUUGUUUCAGAUGGUAUGUUAUUUGGAUGUGGCUGUGAAACUAUGCUACUCUUAGUUAAAUGGUCAAGGUCUCAUGUACAUACACAGAAUAAUGGAGUAUAAACUAUGGACCUUUUUAUGUUGUAGCAUGGUUAUUGUCUGUCCAAAAGAAAACAUACAUUUAUCUGAUUUGCUGGUGUAAAAAUAAAUGUUUAUGAACAUUUCAAAUGUUUCUUCUCUGCUUACAUGGUAUUUUAAUCUAAAACAGAAACACUUUAGUUGAAAAGGUUUGCAAAGAAGCUGUCUUUCCAAUGGAUGUUGCAUUUAGAGUUGUAAUUGACACCGCUCACAUUUACACAUCCACACACAUUUCUUUCAAACAUGAGCGGAAAUCAGGGCCUUAAUCCCUUUGCUGGCUUAGAUAAGCCGGGUGGAGAUAAACGUGGUCCCAGAGGGCCCAAAGGGAUCCAGGAAUGGUCCAAAAACUGCCCAGAAGGAUGAAAAUUGUGUGUCGGGGAACUCCAUAUUGAAAUACUGAUGCCUUCAAAUUAAAUCACUACUACAGCCAUGUGUUUUCCACCUCUAGAUUUAUUUAAGCAUGUUUAUAACCAUGUUAAUGUUAAAUACAAUAAAAUCACAUGUUACAAGCUAGACUUGUUCAGAUUUGUGUAUGGGAUAAAGGUAACAGUCUCAGGGUGAAGUCAACAUCUUUGCAUAAUUUAUCCAGGCAAAAUGGACACCACCCAACACAUAUUUUAGUUCCUCCUCCACCAAACUAACUGUCAACCUCUCAAGCACAUCCUGGAUACUAACUUCAGGACAGCCAAGCAAACAAAAAGUUGUUUAUUAAUGUUUAAGUGUACCUAAAUAUUUCUUUUUACCAUAGUAACACCAGAAAACAACACAAAAAAGUGAUCAACAGAUAAUUUAACCAAAUACCCAGAUAAAGAAGUCUUUCAUUUAACCCAAAAAAGACCAAUUAUUUUAAUUAAUCAGAAUCAUUUACCUCAUAGUCCAUAAAAGUUUAUGAGGCAUUUGUUCAUUCAUCACAUUAUAGUCAAAGCGCUAGCACCUGUUGCCCUGAGUUAUAAGGGAUGUAGUAUGCAUUCUGUUACAUUCUCAUUAAUCAUAUGUGACAGGAGGGACAUAUACUACCAAGGAAGCAUUUUCAUUUAAUCCACAGUGUGUAGGCAUGUAUAUGAUGCUGCAUGGAACCACAAGUGAAUUACAUCAGUAGUAAUAUCAGAGCAGACACCAUUCUGAAAACCUUUUUAUACAUUUGAAACAAGCGAAACAGCAGUACAAGUCGUGUGCCUCAUGCAUUCACACACAGUCACUGAGGAUUUUUUUCAAAUCCACAAAAGGUUCAAGGUUUCUCCUUUUAAAGUAAGCAGCAGAGAUGUAGUUGUAGACUUGAACAGCAGUUUGGGACUUUAGUACUGUUCAGCAUUAUUUAUUUCAACGGUUUGUCAUCUCUUGGUUUUCAGCAUAGCGCUUUAAAGGACUUGGGGUAGUUUGG